CAUAGCAUAAGCAUAGGCAUACCUAAGCAUACAAAUACAAAUACCACCGUACCACCGAAGUAGACGUAGUGAAUACGAAGUUUUCAUAUCACAUUAGUAGUAGUAGGUCGUAAAAUAAUCGUAAAACGUGGUUCAAAGGUCAUAGUUACGUAGAUAGAUAUUAUAAAAGUUCUACUUUACAGUCUUUACUAUUAACUAUUACUGCUUGUGCCGUAGUCGUCCGUGAUCGUCGGUGGUGCUGUGUUGGUGUGUACGAUUCCAAGUCAGUCAUCUACUUCGCCUUGAGCGUUUGUUUACAUUUGGUUUACGUGAAGAAUUCUUCAUUCUUUGUGUUAUAACGUUGGAUCAGAGCAGGAAGUAAAUGAAAGGGUUACAUCGUUUCUCAUCAAUUCCAUGUUUAAGCUGAUAUUGUAAUAAACAAGUUACUCUCUAGUAUCAGCAAUCCGUCUCUCUACCUCAUCGUUCAACGACAGCUUGAUGCUCCAAUUUCCGUAUUCUGAUGUUAUGUUUUGUUCUCGAGUGAAUAUUACACCAAAGGAAAACUAGCACAGCGAUGACCGAUUUACUCAUAUCAAGUCGAUCGAAUUCAUGUGAAAAUUUCUGGUACUGUUCCAAGGACAGUUUUCAACCAUUGAUCAAAUCUCGCUACAAUUUCGAUGAUAAUACGCAUCCCUCAGAGUACUCGGAACUGGUGCACAGUAAAAGCGAUGAUUUAAUUUUACAAAACGCGCCCUUGAUAGAACCCGAAAUACACCAUGGAAUCAGUGACGCUGCCAUUCAAAUUCAAAAAGAUGCUUGUGUGGUUUAUGAUGAUGAUAUCGUGCCAUCUCGUAAUUCAAAACUUUUGUCGUUGUACUACAGCGACAGCGAAAUGAAUGCGAUUUCGUCGGAUAAACGUGAUGCUGAACCAGAAAUACCUGUACUCAAAUUAACCGGUUGCUUUGAUGAUAGCGAAUGUUCUUCUCAUAGAAAUAGUAAAUAUAUCGAUGUAUCAGAUAAAGUUGAUCCAGAAUGCAGCAUUAGGGAUAUCAUUUCAAAAAAUGAUUUUUACAAAUUUGUAUUAUUCAAGAAGCAUUACGAGAAAUACUUGGAUAUUUCUCAAAAAUAUGAAGAAGCCAGAAAUAUAUCGUACUUUUUAGAAGAGAAAUAUCACGAAGUGAAGAACCAACGGGACAGUUUAAUCGAAUUAAACAAAGAUUUGGAGAAAAAAUUGGAACUGAAAGAUUUACAAUUGGUGGAAAAAGAUGAAGAAUUAUUCAAACAGUUGGAAAAAAUAUUUCGUUUGGAAGAAGACUGUGAAAAAUUGAGGCAAGAAAAAGAGAAAAUUCAGGAACUGAAGGAACAGCUGCAAAAAGAUAAAAAUGAACUGUACAAACAGCUACGUUUUCAGGCUGAGGAUUCGGAAGUUAAGAGGCACAAUUUUGAAAAGACUAGAAACGACUUGAUGAAGCAAAUGAGCGAAAUUGUUACUGAAAAAAAUAAUCUGGAAAAAGAGAAUACUGAAUUAAAAGAAGUGGUUGGUGAUUUAGAACGUAAGCUUCCUCAUGAUGAAUCUAUCGUUAGUGGAAAGAAGAAAAAUCUGAUCAAAUUGCAACAACAAAUGACCGACUUAAAAGUAAAAGCGAAGCAAUCCGCUACUUUAAACAGCCAGUUGAAAAAAGGAAUGAAACAUUUGGCUACGUGUAGGCGUCGGAAGUGUUCUGUUUGUGCCUAUACGCGUGCUACAUUCGGCGAAUACCCGAUGUCACGGAGGCGUAACAACAAAACCAUGGGUUGUUUCCCAUUUCAGGAGCAUCACAAACGUGAAAGUGGUCUUUUCGAUUUAGAUUCUUUAGAAGACAGUUGCGCUGAACUUGCUAAACGUCUAUCCGAAUGUUCGUUUUCUUCUAUGCAAAGUUAUUUACCAACUACAAGUAAACCCUCGCACAUUCCAUAUAUAGAUGAAUGCUCUACUCCGAAUGAAAGCGAAGAUGAACGCGAAAUAUGUAAGAAUUCCACGCAGUCGUCUUUAGCAGGUCAUGGUUUUUAUUCGGAUUCAGGAUUUUCAUCCGAAUUAUGCGACUCUACGUUUUCUCAUAGUAAAUCAAAUUCUAUUCGUCGAUCAACCAGAUGGACCAAAUCAUUCCGCAAAUUGAUAAAACGAGUGUCGUCUAAAAAACAAUCCGAAGAUUAAUUUGAAUGCAAAUGAUUGAGUUAUUUGAUAGUUGUACUUUUUAUUGGAUAGAUAAUUAAUUUUACUAACAUGACGAAUGAAUUUUUCAAUCGUUUAUCUACAAAAAAAAAUCAAGCAUUGCAUUACGUAAAGGCAACUUCCUAAUUCGAUCUCUAUUCGGCUUUUAUUUUCCUACAGGCUUUUUCCAAUAUUUUCAAACUAUCGAGUAAUUGACUGUUGAAUUAUUUGUUUUUGUGAUUGAGUUAUAAUUUUGACUGAUUUUUUGUUGUAUUAUCUAAACUUUACCUAUAAAACUAGAUGAUGUUAAAGAACUUGCCAUUAAAUGUUGUGAUUUGUGUUUUUUAUAAGUUAAUUGCAUUAAGUUCUUCCUUUAUUUUUCCCUUCUUUGAAUUCAACUGCGUUGCAUUUAAAUCACAAAUUUACGAACAAAUUGUAUUAUUUAAGGAUUUCUAUUUCUCUUUAGGUUAUUUUUUCCAUGCUCGUAUAUUUGAAAUAGACUUACGAGUACUAAAUAUUUCGAAUACGACAAAAAUUUAUUGUGUAAGACUAUCGUUAUAUUUGUACGUUAGCUAAAAGCCAUUCUUUGUAGCGAACUAUGUACUAAAUCUUCAGUUCCUCGCAUUUUCGUAUGUUUGUUCAAAUAGGUUUACGGUUCCACGAAGUAAUUUUAAUUUGAUUUAUAAUGAAAAUUCCAAUUAUUAUUGUUAUUAAUUCGUUCUAUAAUGAAAAAAAAAAAGGCAGCAAGAUGUCUGGUGUUUCCUGUUACGAGUAUUUGAAUUGAAAUUGAAUUGUAAUUCUUUUUGAUCAUGUUACAUUAACUUUUUGUGCAACUAUUCAGUAUAUUUGCUGGUUAAUUGAAUUUAGUUGUGAAAACUUUACCAUAUCAUAGGCUUUAAGAAAUUUAGUACCUAUUUUAUAAUUGUAUAACCCCGAUAUUUUUCCUCUUUAUCUAAUGCUAAAAUCAUAAAAGGAGGCCACGUGUGUUAUUUGUCUUGUCUGCAAAAUUGGGAAAAACCGUGUAAGAAAGUACUUAAUUUUUAUUGUUUAAUUCGCCUGGUUUAAAAUAAUGUUAAGGUUGAGUUCUCAGAAAUCAAAGUAUUAUUUCGAAAAUGAUGUCAGAUAUCAUAUUUUUACACAAAUGGGAUAUCGUGCGACCAUUAGAAUCGUUAUUUUUAUAAUUUCUUAUGUAUUUUUUCUAACUAUCAAAAAAUAUCGAAUGCUUUUCUCGAAUGAGCACAUGAUAAGGUGCGGAUCUACGAGAAGAAAGAUGAAAAAUUGAUGAAUUUUGCGAGGAAUAAAAAUAUUUGUACAUUUUAUGUAAGAGCGAUACUCUCUCUAACUCUUGGGAUCCAUGCCUGACAUUUAAUUUUAAUUUCUACUUACCUAUAUAAGUGCCUAAAAAUAAGUAUAAAAACAUUCCAUUCAAAGAUAGGUAAUCUACUCAUUUACCGAUAAUCAAAAUUUCUCAUUCCUUAUUGAUCGAAUAAUUGUUGAAAAAUUACUCGCAAAAUAGGUAUGUACAAAUUCAUUCCAAUUAUUUUAUCGAUGUUAUAUUCUCUUUUAUGACGUAGAUACAUUUAGAGAAAAACAGUAACUUCUUGUUCGGUUAUUAGUCAUGUACACGGAAAAAAGCUAUUCGCGGUUUAUUUUCUAUUUUGAAAGUUUCCUAUUGAAGAUUUCCCCGAUAAACAUUAAUAUGGAAAGUAUAAUACCGAUGAAAAAAACAAAAAACACGCUUUGUAAAUUUUUCAAAGUUAAUGGCUGAAGUUGUACAUCUUCAGGAGGAGUUUUAUAUUCGUAAACUUUGGCAAAAGUUGUCGGCGAGUAUUCUUUUUCGAAUACCCUAUUUAACCAGUAUUCGGUAAUUCCGCUUUCCACCAGCGUGGCUAUAAUCCGGUCAGCAGCGUUAGAAUAAGGUAAUGCUUUACGAAACCCAAAACCUAAGUAAAAGUAAUUUAAACAACUGCGAGGUGCUCGUAAUUCAUGCAGGAUAUUAUCUGGAACAUUUUGUACUUCCAUAAAGUGCUCAUUUCCAAUACAUUUCACGAAUACGGAGUAGUUCCCAGCGAGAAUUCUUUUUAAUCUGUUAUCGAUGUUAGUUUCAUAUUCAAAUCUAUCUGCAAAUAUUUUGUGCCAUGUAUUCUGAAAACGAGAAGUUAAAAGAUCGAUGCAAUUUAUUAAACAACAUUGUUGUUUGUGUAUGUGUAAUGUAAAUAUAAUUAUGAUUGAAUUGUAACUUAUUAUGAGUAUGUUGUAUUAUUUUAGUCAAAUUAAAACUGAAAAAUUCCUUGGUGUAUUACUUGCCGUUAUGUUUACUUACUUUUGAAACUUUGUGAUAAAAUACUGCAAAUAAACGUUGCUUUAAUUAA